AUGUACCUCAAGGCGGCCUGCAGUGAGAUCCCCGUCCCCAGGCAGAGAGGUGGUCCCAGGCUGGAGCGCUGUUCCAGUGUACAGCAGACACAGAGGCAGGGGUCGGUGAGCAAAACGCAGCCCUCCAGUCCCACCACUUGUGUGCCUCCAAGCUUUGAUGUCGGCAGGACCAGAGAGCGGCAGAGUUUUGAGGAGCUUCUACGUGCACACAGGCACUUUUUCCAAGGCGCAGACCUGAGUGCUGGCAUGGUCUACAGACGUGAACCUUCCAGCGUCUACUUUGCUCAUUUGAAAGUUAGGGGAGAGGAAUCAAAUAUCCUGGAUUGUUUUAAAGCGAUCAACCAACUAAUUUCAUGUGGCGUGACGGAGUAG